AUGAGGAGUUUUGCGAAAGCAUGCCUUCUGGCGCUCCCUCUCCUCCCUGAUGUCACCCGCGCAGCCUGUGAGUGUGGGUUUUCCGCCAACAUCACCGGCACCGUCGAGGUUUUCACCGACCUGAUCGAGACCGACUUCACCAAGGUCAUGCAAAUCAAGAACAAUACGGACUGGGUCCGCCAAGAGUUCAACAAGACCAACACCAACGCGAGGGGGCCCCUGGGGGAGGACUUCCAGCCGGCCAAUAUCGCCGCCGUCCACGAGGGAUCGACCUCGUACGGACUGAGCCCGACAAAGGCCGACGCGGGACUGCAGCUGCUGGUCGGGAGCUCCACUGUAAACGGCCUGGUGCCGGGCGCUGAGAUCGACUCGGCGCGGUAUGAUGUGCAGUACGGUUCGUUCCGAGCUAUGAUGAAACUGCCGGGUAUUGCUGGGACAUGUGCCGCCUUCUUCUGGUACCAUAACGACACGCAAGAAAUCGACAUGGAGUUUCUCACAAGAGAGUUCAACCCCUCCAACAACAGCUUCCCUGUCAACAUUGUCCUGCAGUCGCGCGCCUCGCUGGAAAAGGGCUACGACGCCUCCAGCACAGGUAACUUCCUCAAGGUCAACCUGGGCUUCAACCCGGCGACGGACUUCCACGAGUACCGCAUCGACUACCUCCGAGACAAGGUGACCUUUUACGCCGACGGCAAGGUCCUGGGCGCCAUGAACGGCAGCGCCGUGCCCACCGAGGGCGGGCACCUGAUCCUUCAGCAUUGGAGCAACGGCAACCCAUUAUGGUCGGGUGGACCGCCCAAGACGGACGCCAUCAUGACGGUGGCCUCCGUGAAGGCCUACUUCAACUCUUCACUUGACGCGCGCAAAGCCGACCACGGCAGCCGGUGUAUCGAUCCCGCGGCGCCGGGCGCCGUAUGUGCUAUCCCGGACAACCCUGCCUUCUUCUUCGGCACGCAGGCCAGCAUGACGAACAAGCAGACCGCAUCCGGGACGCCGAGUACCAAGCAUAGCGGUUCUAGGAUGAUGAACCCGCCAUCGUGGAUGCUAGUUUCCGCCUUGUUGUUUCUGGGCGUUCGAUUCGUCUGA